AUGUCGGGUCUAUUGCACGAUAUUGAAGACACGAUAACCGAUCACGAUCGGGCCUCGAGCAGCAGCUCAAAUGAUACUGGUAACAGACUUGGAGCAAGUGGUGAGGACAAUAGAUCCCCGGACCUGCUGCGACGAUCCCCGCUGAUCAUUUCACCAGAACAACGCGAUAAAAAUUCAUCAGCACCGUCGGACGACAAUAAUAUUCCCUCAGCCAAGGACUUAGUGCAUGAUCCCAAUGCGCCUGACGAUGAGAAUACGAAUGAGGAUCAGUGCGCCCUGUAUUCGGGCGGAAGGAGAAUGACUAUGAAACAGGACACUCUCCUGUUCAGCCACGAGCGAUAA